AUGCAUAUUACAAGUCUGUGCUACUAUCCUCACAAACCAUGUAUUCUUCUCCGGUUUCAAAAUCUCACAGUCCUACUCGAUUGUGCCGUGGAUUUCUCAUCGUUCAAUCAUUUUCUGCCAUAUGUUUAUGAUGAAAGAUCGCGGUUGAAGAAUCUUCCAUCGUUUCAUGGUGAUACACUUUCAUAUCUUAAGCAGUUGAACGAAAAUGUUUUCGUAGAAGCUGUCCCAGAAGUCCACCUUGUGCCGGUUCGUCCUUUUCCAUAUUUUUUCGCCACUGUUCUGUUCACUUCAAGAACAGUUGGUGGGGACUUAGUAUUAUUUUCUUAUGAUCAUAAACUCGAUUGA